AGGAGCCACGCAAUGCAUUGUGGGUCCGUGCGGCGACAGACGCCAUGAUUCUUCUGUCCGGAGCAGAAAAUGGACGCAUCCUGCUCCCCCAGUGAGCGCCUGUAGCUCCUAGACGGGUCCACGCAGCUUGCUCAGACCACCCAUCCACACCCGUCCCCUCCGAGCGACUCCGACUGGUCCGUGUCGCGGCGCCUCUGUGAACUUUAUAAAGUUUGCGUGCGGAGUGUCGCCGCCGCUGGAGUGGAGCUGCGUUAGCAUUGCUAGCCGCGGAGAGGCUAACACGAUAAGAACUGCCGUGUGUUGGUGAAAAGAAGCCGAUCAGCUGAAGGGCACAGACACGGCACCGACCACGGGCUACGCCUGAAGGUAUGGCCUGGAUUUGAUUUGGACGGCGCUGGUGAUGGCAGAAGGGACCGACACUGGCGAAAUGCCCUCCUUUGACCCGAGUCCUAGUUUUGAAGCAAAAAAGAGACCUACUUCUUCUGAUGGCAGAGACGAGCCCAUGAGGAAAAUGCCGGUGACAAAAUUUGGUUCCAGACCCCGAUUUGAGCCUGUGCACUUUGUCAGUGGCGGAAGCAGCGGAGGGACGGGAACCGACGAGAAGGAGAACGACAAGGAUCGCAGGAGAGGGGAUUCUUACGGUGGGAGACAGCUGGACUAUGAACACUCCUCCUACGGCAGCACCAGCAGAAUGCAGGGCUCCUCGUCCUUGAGGCCUGCGUUUGACAGAGUGCCGUCGUACGCGUCUGACUCUUGGGGUUCCCACAGAGACAGGGACAGGGAGCUCUCUUCAGGUAGCACCAGUGGCUUGGGGUAUGGGGCCCGUGGUUCAUCUUCAAACUUCAUGGCAAAAACACAGCAGGACUACACAGCUAAAUACGAAGCCCAUAGCACCUCCAGAAACUCGGACUCUUACUCUCAGCCCCACAAGUAUAAUGGUUACGGGGCAGGUAGCAGAUCUGGAGGCUGGGAUUCAGGGCGUCAGGGUCUGGGGUACGGCCAUCAGGACAGACCGUCGUCCAGCAGGCCAUUCAACAGAGUCUACAACAGCCCGGGCAGGAGCAGUCCCAACGUGUCCCAGUUGGCGUACUCGUCCCAGCCUCAGCCCAUACCUCAGUCAACGCUAGAUGAGAAGCAGAGGCUGAUUGCCAAUGUAGCGUCUGCGCUGGCUGGUGCCUUCAGGGACCCUGUGAUGAUGACUGGGAGCGACUCGCCGAACUAUAAUUUCAUGUUGAGCCGCAGCAUACAGGCCUGCAAAACCAACCCCGAGUACAUCUACGUCAACCUGAAGGAUAUUCCUGCGGCUGACCUACCGAAGAACAGAAAGGUACCAACAGACGGUUACGCCUGUGAGCUGAGGUGUCAGGGAGUGUAUCUCGCCACUGGAUACUCGGGCAGUAAAAACGGAGCGAGGGACCGGGCCUCCGAGCAGGCCGUGAAACUCUUCCUGAAGCCAGUGGAGGUCCGCGUGGUGCAGCGGAGAUACAGACACUCCAUAGUCAACGACAUGGUGGUGUGCCAGAUGCACAGCCCGACGCCGGCGUUUCUACCCGCGCUGCGCAACCCCGAGGACAAACCGACCCCCAGCUCCAAGGGCCAGUACGAGCCCGACAAGCGCAAGCACUGGACAGAGUUCGUGGUCAUGGACAACGCCCACGACGCCAUCUGCAUCCUGAACAACUCGGCGGCUUUCAAUCGCAUGAAGAUAGACUACAAGUUCGACCAGCUCCCCAACGACGCCGUGUGGCUCUGCAGCGUGUUCCUGCAGGACGAGCUGGUGGCGCAGGCCACCGGCACCAAAAAGAGCUCCAAACACGCAGCGGCUCAAGAAGCCGUGACCAAACUCCGCAUGAAUCAGGCUCAACGGCAGCAGCAGCAGCAGCAGUCCCAGUAUAGAGGAAACAAUCAGUCCGACUCCGGAGGACGCUUUGGGCAGCAGGGCGGCAAAAGGAAGCAUCUGAGUGAGCUGGUGAUCCUGGAGAACUCCGACAACGCCAUCUGCAUCAUCAAUGACACGGCUCAGUUUAACAAAGUCACCGCUGAUUACAAGUUCACCUUUCUGCCCGAUCGGCGCUGGAGGUGUGAGGUUUACCUAGAGGGGCAGUUCGUCGCUGCAGGGAUCGGUCCAAAGAAAUUAGUGAAGCACAUCGCAGCAGUGGAGGCCUUGGCCACUUUAAGACAGACACAGGCUGUGGUCAAAUCCAACCUCAGGAAGGAAGGUCACACCGACGCCAUAUCUCGCUCUCAGAUCCUGGCUCGCUCCGGGGAGGAGGCCAUGAGGCAGGAGAUCAAAGAAGAUAAUAUCGGAAACCAGCUGCUGCGGAAGAUGGGCUGGAAGGGAGGCGGCCUGGGCCGCGACGGCGAGGGCAUCGCGGAGCCAAUCAGAGUGAAGGAGCAGUUCUCCCGGGAGGGUCUGGGCAUGGACACGGAAAAGACUGGAAACCAGCUCAGCAAGCGCGACAUCGAGGAGAUCAUCCGCAACUACGCCACCUCCGAUCGCCAGGACGACCUCCGCUUCUCCACCGACCUCACGAACGACGAGCGCAAGCAGAUUCACCAGAUAUCCCAGAAGUACGGGCUGAGGAGCAAGUCGUACGGGCAGGGCCGCCAGCGCUUCCUCGUCGUCAGCCGGAAGGUCCACAAAGACCAGCUCAUCGGUCAGCUUUUACAGGAGGGACAGGUGGGACGAUACGAGCUGGUGAAACCUCAGGCCUCGCACUAAUUUGCAUGCAGAUUAUGAAAAAAACAAAAAACCCGGGAAAAGUCAUUGGCUCGGACUUCAAAGCAGAUCAUUCUCCGGCAUAACGACGAUGUUCAAGUCGUGUGAUUUGCCGCUCACGUUAUUAAAUGAGAAUCUUUCAGGUAUGACUUGUGGUUUCUGCAUUCCUCGGCUACGAGGUGGACUUCAGCUUUAGCAGGAGCUGCGAGAGAUCAGUUCAGUGUGUCUUCUGUUGUUUCUGGUUUCCUGCCAUUCCACACGUCCUUUUAUUUGUUUCACUUUUGGACUGAAUACUAACGGGCAUUUGUGUUCCGAUGAUGCUCCAGCAUUUUUAGUUCAAAAGAGAUGAUGUAAAGAAGCUGUUUCCUCCACUUGGUUGAAAAGAAGCCAUUCAGUAUCAUAAUAAAAAAACUGAGUCAU